ACAUGUCUGAGCAAGAACAGUGAGAUAGACAAUAUGUAUAAAUAAUGCCAACGUUUGUUCCAAUUAACUCGACAUUAGAAUCCCUUCCAUUGUGUUCCUGCAAAUCUUGUAUUAUUAGUGGUUUAACCAAGGGAGGUAACUCUGUCUAACCAGCUGCGAGCGAGAGAACAGCUGCCAGUCGCCUCUUUCCCUCAUAUUAUUCAAGCACUGGUCAUGAUGAUGGCACCUGCAGCAUGUGUCUCCAUGGAGAUGAUCUCUGAGGCCAUCAUCAGUGGUGCAAGUGAUAGAGAUGUCAUGGCCGCAUUCCACAACAGUGGCAUGUCACUGGAAGAUCUCACAAGAUGGAGGCAUCCGCUUCUGGCCAUCAAUGUAUUCCAACUUGCCAUUUUGUAUAAACGAGCUGAUCUGGUCCAGUCUCUUGGAACAAUUAGCCCCUUCUUCUUGUCUGACAGAUCCUUGUAUAAGAAACAGAUUGUUUGCGACACUGACAAAGCCUUGUGUGUCUGCAGAAGAUGCCAAACAACUGAGGAUCGAGAUAUAAAGGACUCUGGAGAUUCGGUUGGGCAGGUACUCAACAUAGCUGAGGAAACAUGUGAAGAUGAAGCUUCAGGAAACAGACACAAGCAGAUAAUAAACACAUCCUCAUCAGUAAGAAGCUGCAGCCUUUCUGAUAAACCAGAUAUUACUCAGGAAGAUCUGUCCACUGAUCAAGACGGCAACAGUGACAUGAUCAUUAACCCACCCCUACAUCUUGCAUGCAUGGUUGGUUGUAUCGAUAGUAUCAAGUAUCUCUUAGAAAAACCAAGUUCCUUUUCGUUGAAUGAAGUUGCCUAUGUGUCUAUAGCUGUAAGGACUGGGGAAUCAAAGACAAGCAGCAUGUACUAUUCCUUGCCCUUGACACAGAGCAAGAGAGGAAAGCCAUUUGAAUUUUGCGUCUCUGGUGGCCAUGUUGAUUUUGCCUUUUAUUUCCUGAACAAUAUCAUUAUUCAGUGUCUAGCUCUGAGGUUUUUGUAUGCCGGAGUCCGAGAACCAUCCUCCAUGCUCCACAAGGCAUGUUCUAUAGGAUGUGGUCCUUUGGUUGAGUUGCUGCUGAAGAACUCUUUCCGUGACGUCAUCAGCCUUAGUGAUAAGAAUGGCAAGACCCCACUUCAUGUGGCGGUAUGGAAUGGCGACACUGACACAAUCCACCACCUUCUGGAAUGUGGAGCAUCGGUCAAUGCUCUUACAGAAUCGAAAGGUUGUCUUCACAUCCUGUACCGAUCCAAACUCCACCCAUACAACUACAUUGCCAACACAAAGCUGCUCAUACAAUUUGGCGUCAAUGUACACAUCACAGACAAAAAUGGUAAAUCUGCACUUCAUAUCCUUGCUGAGGAAAUUGGCAUCAGUCGAACUGAUGUGAUGCGGUACUGGAAGAAAGCAUCCAAUGCGAUCGGUGAAAUGACGUCCUCGAAGUGCAACCCAGAAGGGGAUAAUUAUUCUAUGAGCACCUACCAGAGCGAUCUCAUCACCUGUCUGGAACUGCUUCUAGAGAAGGGCAUGAACCCAAACAAAGUAACCACCAUGUCAGCGUUCAACGAGACAGUGUUGGAAGUCCUACUGCAGUACAGUUCCCUUCCUUACACCCAGACCACCCUGUGGAACAGUCCACUGCUUGUAUAUCGGGCAGUGGAACUACUAUUGUCCAACGGCGCCAACCCCAAUAUUCCCAGCAGAUGCUCAGACCUGCCGAUCUUCACCUACUUCAUCAUGAACCAUCUCAAUGAUAUAGAAGAUAAAAAUAUGAAACACAAAUUUAUUCACCUGUUUAGUUUGUAUGGUACCGACUUCGACCGUCCAUAUAUGAACGGGUGCUACCCAUUGGUGGCAGCUGUAGAGAAACAGACUUCUCUGAAUGUGGUGGAGCUGAUUGGUAGUCUGAUGGACAUAGAGCAUCUGCAUCAUGCCAUGAUGACUGUCCAGCAGAGAUUCCUGCCCCCGCUCAUGUAUUCUAACAAGCCUAAGGAAGUAGACUUUGCAUAUGGGGUUGUGCAACUGUUUGAAAAGCUAAGGAUAAGAUCACUGAGACAUCUUUGUAAAGUUACAAUCUUGAAACAAGUUACGUGUGCAGCUAGAGAUGUCAAACAGCUUCCUCUGCCCAGUUACCUCAAGACUUAUAUCACCACUGCCUCAUUCUAAGCCUGUUAAAAGUCAGAUCAUAUGUUUUUAUAUUUUUUUACCAAUAUUUUAAAAUGGUGGAAAGAAAAAAAUGAUACAUUCAGGGAUAAUUAGAGAUUAUUUGUUUUUUUGGGUUAAACGCAGCACUCAGCAAUAUUCGAACUAUAUGACGUGGUCUGUAAAUAAUCAAGUCUGGACCAGAAAAUCCAGUGGUUGAUAUCAUUAGCAUCAAUCCACGA